GCUUUACUGCGCUUUCCACUUGUAUUUAUUGUCUGCGCUUCCUAGUCACCCGUAUAUUGUAACAAAACAAUCAACUGGUCUAUACUAGAAUAUAUUAGCGGAAAACUAACGUCAGCCAAAAACCUAUAAAAAAACAUGUCGCUUUAAAUCUGAAAACAUAUAAAAGUCGGAUUAAUUUUAAACUUAUGGUAGCAAGAACUAGAAAAUGACAUCUACAGCUGGAAGCACGGCCGUAAAUAGCCAAUAUUCUGGACAACAAAAUGGAGUAUUGCACCAGAGACUUCAUGAUUUUAAAACGUUUUUAUACAAUGCGGACAACGGGACUUUUCUCGGGCGUACUGGAAAAAGCUGGGCCCAGAUUGGCCUGUUCUAUCUGGUCUUCUACACCUGCCUUGCUGGCUUUUUCGCUGGUAUGUUGGCUGUGUUCUACUACACACUAGACUGGAAUGAACCUCGAUUGAAGGGCUCCGAUUCAUUGCUUAAACUGAAUCCAGGUGUUGCGUUCCGCCCAAUGCCUGAUGUAAGUACAACUCUGAUCCGCUUUGAAAGGGCCCGUACGUCCACCAUAUUCCCAUUUGUCGACCACAUGGCUGCAUUCUUACAAUACUACGAGAACGAGCUCCAGACCACAGAGUCUGGGGUCAUUAUAGACUGCGAGUCGGUGACACAAUACCGCCACAAGGACGACUGGGACAAGGCAUGCCGCUUUGACAUCAGUUACAAUCUAGGGACCAUCUGCGUCAAGGAGAUGGCAUUGUUUGGCUACCAGGACGGGCAGCCAUGCGUUCUGCUGAAGUUGAACAAGAUCUAUGAUUGGGUACCAGAGCCGUUUGACAACACAACACUGCCUGCCGAUUUGAAGGACGAGUCCGGUGCACCUCUCAAUAUUUGGCAUGAGUACUAUGUGACCCUCAAGUGCGAGGGAGAGACCCCGGCUGACAAAGACAUGCUCGGACCCAUCCUUUACUACCCAAGCAAUGGGUUCCACUACAAGUACUUUCCAUUCCGCAACCAGCAGGGGUAUCGCGCGCCUGUCGUUUUUGUCAGGUUUGACAAUCCCGGGCCGGCACAACUGUUCAUGAUCACCUGCAAGAUAUAUGCUAAGAACAUAGAGCACAACUUUAUGGACAAAACUGGUUUGGUCCAUUUUGAGCUCCUUAUUGAUUAACGUUGGUCUUGUCUUGUUGUUGUUUUCUUUUUCAAAAUGACGCAAAUUAUAAUUAUUUUGACAGUCAGUCAGUCUGUCACACUUUUCUGGAUCCUGCGAUAACUUUAAAAGUUCUUCAUAUUUUUUUCAUGAAACUUGAAACAUGGAUAGAUGGCAAUAUAGAAAUUAUGCACGUCAUUUCAUUUUGUUCCUACUUCAAAAAUUCUGGUUGCUAUGGCAACAAAUAGAUUUUUAAAAAAUACUGACAAUGUUGGAGUUUCACCGGUAGGGGACCAUAUUGCUUGGCAAUCUCUUGUUUUGAUUCUUAUGUGUAGCUGAAGUGAAAACUUUAAGUCGAAUCGAAUGUUUCAUUUUCUUGUAUGUUUUAUUUUUCAAAUAUUUUAACUCAUAAACAUAUGAUAUCUUCGGAAAUCCUUAUUUCUGUAUCAGGAACGUUUUAUGUUUAACACUUUCCAUCGGAAGCAAAGUGAACAUGGCUUUUGAACCAGCAUCAAACCAGAAUAGCCUGCGAGUAACUCGCAGUCCGUUCAUGUUUUAUGCUGUUUGCUGCUCAUCAGUACUAAAGGGUUCAAAAUGAAACUUUUAAAACUUGAAUUAACUAAGAAAAUUAGUUAAUUAACUGUAACUUUCUAAGGGACUACAAAUGUGUCAAAAUAUGUAUCUUAUUAGAAAAGAGUUAUCAGUACUUUGUAGAAGAUGAUUAGCAUUUGCUACAUAUACAUUUGCUUGCCUGUUUGUGAUGUCCCUGUGCUAUUUUUUGGCUCAAGUGAAGCAGCAAAUUGUGUUUUUAUUUCAUGUAUUCCUUUAUAAGACUGUCAUUAACCCUUUACUACCUAGAUACAUAUUUGGAAGCAUUUGUAGUCCCUUAGAAAGUUACAUUUAAUUAAAGACCUUUCUUACUAAAUUCAAGUUUUAAAGGCUUCAUUUCCAACCCUUUGAUACUGAUGAGCAGCAUAGAGCAUAUAACCUGAACAGACUGCAAGUUACUCGCAGGCUGUUCUGGUUUAAUAUUGUUUGCACUUUUUAACUUUGCUUCUUAUGGGGGAAAGGGCUAAUAGUUUUUGUACAUGUCUCAUAUCUGUUGAAACAAGUACACCUAUUACUAUUAAGUUAAAUCAACUGCGAAUUGUAAUCUUCCAAAUGUUGUAGGAAUUUGUUAUCAUUGGAAGAAUAUGUUUUCAUUGUAAGAAUAUGUUAUCAUUGGAAAAAUAUGUUAUCAUUGGAAGAAUAUGUUAUCAUUGGAAGAAUAUGUUAUCAUUGGAAGAAUAUGUUAUCAUUGGAAGAAUAUGGUAUCAUUGGAAGUAUAUGUUAUCAUUGGAAGAAUAUGUUAUCAUUGGAAGGAUAUGUUAUCAUUGGAAGGAUAUGUUAUUAUUGGAAGAAUAUGUUAUCAUUGGAAGAAUAUGUUAUCAUUGGGAGAAUAUGUUAUCAUUGGAAGGAUAUGUUAUCAUUAGAAGGACAUGUUAUCAUUGGAAGAAUGGUGCAUCCAUCCUUGUAAUAAAAUUCCAACAAUUUAAGAUGCUGGUAUGCAUUUUUUGACAUCUUUGAAAUUCUUCGAUGUUCUUACAUGCAUUCUUGCUUAAGCAUGUUUAAAACACUGUGAGUUAAACGUAUGCAUUGUUUUACAUUGUUAGGAUUCUAUGAAGACUUUUUGUAAAUGUCAUCAUGCGAUAAGUUGUAUUAAAGUUACAAAUUGUUUAACAAGUCUUAAACAAUCUUAUGUGAAACUAUUUGAAUAACUUGCAUUUCAUAAUAAUUGUUUUACCCCUUCCCCCCUAAGGAGCAAAGUGAAAAUGGCUUUUGCAACCAGCAUUAAACCAGCACAGCCUACUAGUAACUCGCAGUCUGUUCGGGAUUUAUGCUGGUUGCUGCUCAUCAGAGUUUGAAAUGAAUCCUUUAAAACUUGAAUUUAGUAAGAAAGGUAUUUAAUAAGUUUAACUUUCUAUGGGGCUACAAAUGUGUCAAAAUACGUAUCUAAGUGAUAAAGGGUUACCUUUUUUCGGAUUUGAUUUGACAUUGUGCCCUAGCUGACUACUUGUUAGUUGGAACAUUUAGGGUUGAACAUUGUCUUUUUAAACCUUGUACGUUCCUAUUUUGUUAUCAUAUUAUACCCAGUUGUACUUACAUUUUGUAACAACAAUGUUGUCUUUAUAAAAAUUGUACAUUUCUGUCUUUUAAUGCUCCCCCAAAAUUUAUUUUGGAGGGAGCAUAUAGUCGCCGCUUCGUCCGUCCGUCCGUGCACAAUUUUUGUCCGGGCUAUUUCUCAACAACUAAUGACCGGAUUUCAAUGAAACUUUAUGGGAAGCUUCACUACCAAGAGGAGAUGUGCAUAUUAUCAGCGUGUUCUGGUCGGAUGAUUUUUCACAGAGUUAAGACCCUUUGAAAUUUUUCAUUAACUGUACAUAUAGUGCAAUUAUUGUCCCGGCUAUUUCUCAGCAACUAAUGACCGGAAUUCAAUGAAACUUAAUGGGAAGCUUCACUACCAAGAGGACAUGUGCAUAUAAUCAGCAGGUUCUGGUCGGAUGAUUUUUCACAGAGUUCUGGCCAUUUGCAAUUUUCCAUUAACUGUACAUAUAGUGCAAUUCUUGUUUCGGGCUAUUUCUCAGCAACUAAUGACCGGAAUUCAAUGAAACUUUAUGGGAAGCUCACUACCAAGAGGAGAUGUGCAUAUUAUCAGCGAGUUCUGGUCGUAUAAUUUUUCACAGGGUUAUGGCCCUUUGAAAUUUUAUAUAAAAAAAAUCUUGUCCCCCCAACUACUGUGCCCUCUAGACGUUUCCUUUGAUCUGAAUAUAUAGUGCAAUAUUGUGACAAAAAAAACUUUGGGGAGCAUCACCCGUCUCUGACGGUUUCUUGUUAUAGAUUUUUAUCUGUAUACAAUAAUUUUCCAAUUCCAAUUAACACACAUUUUAUACACAAUUUAACUACUUGUAUUGUUGUAAGAUUGAAUUGCAAACUUACUGGAUAGUAUUACCAUUGUUUUAUCGUUGUAUACAUUUGUAAAUGUGUUGUGAAUUCUGACUAUAUUCACAUGAUUUCUGUAUAUUUGUAUACAGGUAUAUAUAAAUACAUAAAUUGCUCAUGCAUUGUGAUUAUAUUUCUUACAAACGUAUGAAUAAAUUCUUUAAAAACCUGUAAAAACUGCCAAAACUUCUAUCAGCUGUUUCCAAUACUUGUACCAUGCAACAUAUUGAAAUGUUUUAGCUCACCUGGACAAUGUGCUUAUGGUGAGCUUUUGUGAUGGCUUUUUGUCCGCCGUGCGUUGUGCCUCGUGUGGCAUCAACAUUUUCCUUGUUAACACCAGAGAGGCCACAUUAAUUUCUAAUCUUCAUGAAUUUUUGUCAGAAGAUUCAUUUCAACGAAAUCUUGUUUAUUUCUUAUUACCAGGUACUUGAAAAUCGUUCCACUGUAAUAAUUGCAUCAAAAUUAAUUCUUUUUUUUCGUUUUACUAAACCUUGUCUUAUGCCUUAAAUGUUUAAUAUUUUUGCUAAUUUACUAUUAUUCACUUUGGUACGCCUCACACAUUUAUUUAGAUAUUUUACUUCAUUAAUUGUAAUACUCUUAUAUGAUGUUAUACUUUAUUUUUACUCUUAGAUUUUUCAGAGGAAUACAUUCUUGAAAUUUCAUUUACAAGACACAAUAAGAUUUUUAAAGACCCGCGUCAUGCAAAAAUGGGUCUUAUGCAAUAUGCUGACAGCGUAGCUCCAGUCCAGUCUGCGCAUUCCUGGAUGGAAUUGUUUUUGACUGAAUGAGUUGUGUCAAAUGUGACUAUGUUCUGUAUUUUGUUGCCUCAAUACUUCCGUAAAACAGAGAGAAUGCCAAUAUCUCUGGUAUGGGCAAUGUGUCUUUUCGCAAUUUAACUCUACACUAUGUUCAACAUUUGAUUUUCCAAUCCGACACGAGUUGUCCUUUAUGUUCUUUGGGGUUAUGCCUUUUAGUGUCUGAGCACAUUCCGUGGCUCUCACAAGACACAUAUCUUUUGUCACUCAAGUGAUGUAAAUGAUGAUUUAUGGUGUUCUACUAAUGUUUCUAGUAUAGACUCUUCUAUUUUUAUAUUUUCAUUUGGAAAUUGUGAUUGUUUGAAAUCAAAUUUUGCUAUUUUCUGGUAAAGGUCAAACGAUGUU